AUGAGCUUCCAGGACAACGACUUAUUGCAGAGACGGACCUCGGCUGAAUCCACUGCUUCAGCUUCGGACGGCAGAAGCAAGCAGAAUGGCAGCCAUUGGGUCGAUUCUAGCGCCCGCAACGACACGGGCUACGAAGAAGGUGAGGAGUUUGAGAUGCUCCUGGACCCAGCAGGACCCCACGCCGAGGGCGCCGGCUCUGGAGCUGAGGACGAGGAGGACGGAGCGUCCUCGAAAAAGGAGAUUGACGACUCACCGUACGAAGAGGUGCGCGCGGCCGUGAAGAAUUUUGAUCAAGACCUGCCCUGCAAUACCGUCCGCGCCUGGACCAUUGGUCUUACCCUCGUCGUCUUUGGUGCUUCCGCAAACACUCUCUUUAGCUUGAGGAGUCCGUCAAUCGGCCUUGGGCCCCUCGUGGCGCAGAUAAUAGCUUGGCCAAUCGGCCAGGCUUGGGAGCGGUGGAUGCCAGUUCGUCAGAUGAAGACUUUUGGCAUGCGAUGGGAGCUCAAUCCAGGACCCUUCAACCAGAAAGAGCUGGCCAUCAUAGUUGUUAUGGCUGGUGUGUCGUUUUCCGUUGCGUAUGCUACGGAUAUCAUUCUGGCCCAGGUGGUGUUCUACAAGCAGGACUUUGGUAUCGUAUUCCAGCUCCUGCUGGUGAUAUCUACGCAGUCUCUGGGCUAUGGCAUUGCAGGAUUAAUGCGAAAGUUUCUUGUAUACCCUGCAUCUAUGAUAUGGCCCGGCACUCUAGUUGUUGUCAAUCUGAUCGAAGCCAUGUUUGAGACGAACCAUGCGCCCGAUCCUUCCAUUCUUGGUGGCAGCAUGCCGCGAUAUAGAUGGUUUGCACUCGUCACAGUCGCAUCAGCAGUAUACUAUUUCAUCCCGGGAUAUUUUGCCAAGUUCCUCAGUGUCUUUGCAUUUCCGACAUGGAUAGCACCUCAGAAUGCUGUGGUUAAUCAACUAUUUGGUGGCAAUACCGGCCUCUCGAUCUUACCAAUCACUUUUGACUGGACUCAAGUUGCUGGCUAUGUUGGCUCACCCUUGAUUCCACCUUGGAAUGCCAUCGCGAACACACUCAUUGGCGUCGUGCUCUUUUUCGUCAUUUCUAGUGGGUUCUUGCAUUACACGGGAGCCUGGUAUGCUCCGUAUCUCCCAAUGAGUGAUUCCUCAACAUACGACAACACUGGACACCGCUACAACACAUCUCGGAUCUUGACCCCCGACUUCACGCUUGACGAGGACGCUUAUAAAGCAUAUUCUCCCUUGUUCAUUAGCACCACAUUUGCCAUGUCCUAUGGUCUUAGCUUCGCCGCCAUAUCUUCCCUGGUCGUAUACACGUAUCUGAACCAUCGCAAGACAAUCUGGGCGCAGUGGAGAAAUAGUACGCACGAAAAGCCGGACAUCCACAUGCGCUUGAUGAGCAAGUACAAGGAGGCUCCCGCCUCGUGGUACAUGGGGUUGUUUGUUAUUUUUUUUGCUCUCGGCAUGUUCUGUGUUCUUGCCUAUCCGACGAACAUGACUUGGUGGGCAUUCAUACUGGCGGUGCUCAUUUCGACACUGUUCUCGCUGCCUAUCGGCAUUAUACAGGCAGUCACCAAUACCCAAAUUGGGCUGAACGUCCUGACCGAGUUCGUGUACGGUUACAUUCAGCCUGGACGCCCCUUGGCACUCAUGAUUUUCAAAACGUUCGGCUUUAUCACGAUGUCACAAGCACUUAGCUUCGUCGAGGACCUCAAGUUCGGGCACUAUAUGAAGAUCCCACCGAGGACCAUGUUCAUGGCUCAAGUCGUAGCCACGAGCUUCUCGUGCUUCAUCCAAGUAUUCGUCCUCAACUUUGCGCUCCACAACAUCAAAGACAUUUGUGAGAUCACGCAGGAAGAGCGUUUCACGUGUCCGGGUGGACGCGUCUUCUUCUCUGCCUCCGUAAUCUGGGGUCUCAUCGGCCCCGCCCGCAUCUUUUCGCCAGGCCAAGUCUACUCGGGCCUGUUCAUUUUCUUCAUCAUCGGCGCGCUCGUCCCGCUCGCUAUACAUCUAUACAACAAACGCAACCCGACCUCCCCAUCUCGAUUCCUCAUUGCACCCCUGAUCUUUGGCGGCGCCGGCGCCAUACCACCUGCAACGCCGCUCAAUUACCUGUCAUGGGGAAUGGUGGGCUUCAUGUUCCAGUUCGUCAUCAAGAAGCGGCACUUUGCCUGGUGGAGCAGGUUGAACUACCUAACAGCGUCUGCGCUGGACCUUGGUCUCGCGGCAGGGACUUUGGUCAUGUUCUUUGCCUUCACAAUGACGGAAAUCGACCCGCCAAAAUGGUGGGGGAACACCGUUGUGCAGGCAACGAUGGACUAUCAGGGAACUGCGGUGCAGAUGAAGGUUGCCGAGGGGCAGACGUUUGGACCGGAGGUGUGGUGA